GGCGUAAAGCUGCGACCCACUUCGCAUCGUUGGAACAUUCUACGUAUAAGGAACCAUGACACAUAUCGUAACGCUUUGUAUUGUUUCGACCAUUGUUUAUGUGGUGGCGGCAAGUGAUGACUAUGUGUUCUACUUCAAAAGAGCAGACUUCUUCCAUUCAGACAUUCUUCAGCAGACGCUACCCCAGGUUGAUCGCACCGUAGACUCUCUAUGUGUGAGGAUGGAGACCAACUGUAGGUUUACUCAGGCUAUAGAAGAGUGUGAGGCUCUGCACAGAGCAGCGCCUCAAUGUCUCACUACUCAGGAUAGGAAGAUGAUAAAGGAAGCAAAAUCUGGCUUCGUCAACUCUCGAGAGAAAUGUGUCAAGGAAGCCAACUGCAAAAAAGAAGUCACCAAGGCUGUGGAAGAGGCGGCGAUUUCUAUCAAGAAAAUAGACACUGAUAAACUCAAGGAAAUCGCCACUUGUGACAAGGACGACCAGUGCAAAUAUACGGUGUACAACAACGCACACAACGAUAUAUUCAACCUAUACUUGACGACCCGGCCUAAACUCCGUCUUCUGGCAGAUCAGGACGUGGCCAGCAGUGACUGUGCCGGCGCUGUAGUGAGCUGUAUGGUAGCAAGCAACGCAGAAGCACUGCGCAGAUUAUAUCAAAUCAGUGCGCAGCUCAAACAAUGCCAGCAAAAAUAUAAGAUUAGCCAAUCCGGCAUCCUCGGUGCUAACUCCGGCUACAUGCAUGCACCAGAGUUCUUUGGAUAUCAGAGUUGAUUUACAUUUUAACUAGUAUUGUCUUGAUCUAAAACUGAUUAAAUAUUCAAUAAGAUAUGUGCAAUAACCUUAGGAAGAACUUUUUAAUUCAAUGAUACUUAAAUAGUCUUCCAUGAACUAUGAAGCCAAUAGUUGUGUUUUAUUUAUGUAAAAAUUUAAAAAAAAACCUAAACCACUAAAGGUGUGAAACAGUAGUAGACUAUAAAACCCAAUUAGCUACAACACAUUUUACAAUGUAUAAAAAAAUUGAAUUAUUGACAAAAGAAUAAUAGGUAAUACAUAAAUACUACUCAUUAGGAAACAAAGCAUAAAUGAGGAAUAAAAUUUUGCAUUUACGUUGUCCUUCAAGUUCAAUAAGAAUAGUACAAAAUUGAAUAUGAAAAUGAAUAUUGAUAUGUUUAUAGUUUGUUUAUUGUUGAAAAUUACAUUAAUUUGAAACUCCAUUAUUACAGAUUUACGCAUUCAAGAUGAUGUUUUAUGUUUAAUAGGUAAACGCAGACCUACUCCAGUGUAUCUAAUUAUAAUGUACUUUAACACGUUGACUGCGCGCGCCGACUUUACAGGCGCUCCCCAGUGGCGGGCGAAGCCCCGGCGCGCAACCGAAUCAGCGAACGCAAUUGGCAUUCAAAUAUUUCAGUCUGACGAAUCACAAAAGAGCAGUGGUGACUGUGCUGCGUUACCCCGAGAGUGGAUGUAGUUCAGUGAAACACCCAAAGGUAGCAGCACUGCAUGGAUCCGUAUCCAGUGUCUUUGUAAUGUGGUUUGAAGAGAAAAAAUCCCCGAAACCGGGACAAAAGCAUUGCCAGACAGGAUUUUACGGGAAAUUUUAGUACCAACCUACACCAAACCAACCUAAUGGUUAAAAAUCAAAGAAAUGUUUUUGAUAAGAUACACAUGUUUCCCACUAUACAUAAAUAAGUACAAACGUACUAAAAUCAGGAAAACUGUGAAUCAUUGGGGUUUGUGUUAAACAGGUAUAUUACCCCUUACUACCUUCCACUUUUACCUUGAGACUUGAGAUAUAUGUGUUUUUAUGUAUACUGAUACCACGGAUUAAGAAAUGAUUUUAAUUAAUUCUAGUUCAUAAGCAUUUUAGAUCUAAUACGGAUUUUAAAAUAGCUUUACUUGUCCAAAUAUAGUUCUUUAAAUAUUCAAAAUUUUUUGUAGUGUAUGUAAGAACAGCAUUUGUAAUGGAAUAAGCUCAAUCACAAAAUUUUGACGUUACCACAUUAUACUUGAACGUGAAGACAAUAAUAGGUUUUAUACA